AUGGAGAAGUACCAGGUUUUGGACCAGCUGAGUCCUGGGGCCUUGGGGAUGAACCUGGUGGUGGAGAAAACAGAAAACAAAGUAAAGUACGUGAUAAAGCAGGUGGAGUGCAUUGAUGAGCAUCAGGCCAACGAGGCCUUGGAGGAGCUGAUGCCGCUGUUGAAGCUCCGGCACGCCCACAUCUCCAUAUACCAGGAGCUGUUCAUCAUAUGGAACAGUCAGAUCUCCUCUCUGUUCCUCUGCCUGGUGAUGGAGUACAACCAUGGAAGCUUCCAGAAGGUCAUUGAGAAGAAGAGGGAGACAAAGACAAUCAUUGACUCCGAGUGGAUGCAGAACAUGCUGGGCCAGGUGCUGGACGCUCUGGAAUACCUGCACCACUUAGACAUCAUCCACAGGAACCUCAAGCCCUCCAACAUAGUCCUCAGCAGCAGCAACCACUGCAAAUUACAGGACCUGAGCUCCAACACGCUGAUGAUGGACAAAGCCAAGUGGAACGUCCGCGCGGAGGAAGACCCUUGUCAGAAGUCCUGGAUGGCGCCCGAGGCCCUCCGCUUCUCCUUCAGCCGGAGAUCUGACGUCUGGUCCCUGGGCUGCAUCAUCCUGGACAUGGCCAGCUGCUCCUUCACAGACAAAACGGAAGCCAUGCUUCUGAGAAAGUCCCUCCGGACCCUCCCGAAUGGCCUCAGGGGCGUCCUGGAGACCCUGGAGGAGAAGAAGAUCCCCAACGCGGAAACUUUCGGUUCCCUCUUGCCUUUGAUGCUGCGGAUCAACCCUUCGGAGCGAAUAACGAUCAGGGAAGUGAUACACAUCACCUUCGUGGGCAGCAACUUCAGGUCCUCCAGCAUCGCUCUCUCACCGCACUGGCAGCUGAUGCCUGACUCUGUCACCGACCUGCUGCUAGGGGGCAGCAUCGCCAGCAUCAUAGAGGUCAUGCAGAACUUCUCCAGCAGACCCGAAGUCCAGCUCAAAGCCCUGAAGAGGCUCCUGACGAUGCCGGAAGAGCAGCUAGGUCUGCCGUGGCCGACAGAACUGGUGGAGUUGUUGACCGCCAUCAUGAAGCAACACGAGAGGAUCCUUGACGUACAGCUGCACGCCUGCUCCCUGCUGCUGCGCACCCUGGGCCAAGCGCUGGCACAGGACCCCGCAGCCAAGGUGCCGAGUGAGAGCUCCGUCGUCUCCGUCCUGCUGAGCUGCCUGCGGAUUCAUCCCGAGUCAGAGCAGCUCCUGGUCACGGUCUACAGCGUGCUCGCCAUCAUCUCCAGCCAGGAAUCGGCCUCAGAGGAGCUCCAGGAGGCUGGGCUGUUCGAGCAUAUCCUGGAGCACCUGAGGACCUUCCCCACAAACAGGGACAUCUGCGUCGACGGCCUGAGCCUGCUCUGGGCCCUGAUGGUGGACGCCGUCAUUGUGAACAAGACCCCCUUGGAGAGAGCCCCGGUCCUCAUCGCUGAGGUGCUGGCUGCCCACCCCACGGACGCAGAGAUGGCUGAAGCCGGCUGCGCGGUCUUCUGGCUGCUGUCCUUGCUGGGCUGCAUAAAGGAGCACCAGUUCGCAGAUGUGGUGACGCUGUUCCUCCAAAGCAUCCGGCUCUGCCAGGACAGAACCCCACUGGUGAACAACGCCUACCGGGGACUGGCCAGCCUCGCAAAGGUGUCCGAGCUGGCAGCGCUGCAGGUGGCAAUGCCAGAGGAGGGCGGUGGCGGCCUCAGCCUCAUCCGGGAGACGUACCGGCUGUACAAGGAUGACCCGGAGGUGGUGGUGAACAUCUGCAUGCUGCUGGCCCACCUCACGUCCUACGAGGAAAUCCUGCCCGAGCUGUGGGCCAGUGGCAUCCAGCCUCUGGCCCAGGAGAUCAAGGAGCGCUUCACCUCCAGCCUGGAGCUGGUUUCCUACGCAGAGAAGGUACUCCUGAGGCUGGAGGCCGGCACGCCACCAGGCUCCGCGGGAGGACAGUCGGCUCUGCCCUGA